AUGAACAGCAAGCCUAAUUUGCGCGUGGAGGCUGGAGAGCUGGUGCUCAGGGCAUCUCAGAAGGCAGCCACUGUGGAGAAAAUCCAUCUUUCUCAAGUGGCUAAAGGGGUGCCCUUUGUGCCGAAGGACCCUGAAGCUGUGCUGGAGGAGGCCAAGGUCAGGGUAGUCCAAGGUAGAGGGGAUCCCACUGAUGACCUGCUGCUGGCAAGUCAAAGUGCCAUCCAGUUUGGUCAGUACAGGGGGAGAACCUUCAAGUGGCUGCUAGAAAACGACCUUGGCUACUCCCUCAUGGUCCUGUCUGGACAUCAGCGGGAGCGUGAGGCUGGCAGACUGGACAGAGGUGCCCUCAUGGCCAACAAAGAUGCCUUCCUCCAUUAUGCCUGCACAUUCAAAAAGGUCACAGAGGCCAUCAGAGCGCGCAGGCAGAGAGAGGGCACAUUACCUGGCUGUGAGGGUGACUGUCUGGUGGGCUUUGGGAUGCACAAGAAGAGCUCCUACAAAAAGCUCUAUGAGGCUACGGACAGGGAGAGGAAAAGCUAUGUGGACUUCAUCAGACUGAAGGACACAAGUGCAGGCAGUAAGAUGGAUGCCCUAAAAAAAUACAUCCUGCUGAGGGACCAACAGAAGAUAAGGGCUGAAAGAAAAAAUAAAUCUUCUGCAUCCCAACCUGCUGCCCAACAGCCUGCACGUCUGGCCUCUCCUCCAUUUACCCAAAGCUCACAUUCUGAGCCAGCAACAGCACGUGAUGAAGAUCUGCUGGUGUCAGCCAUGGAGGUGGAGUCACAGGUAUUUCCACCACCUUCACUGCCUUCAGCACCGAUCCGCUCAACUCGCUUGGAGCAGAGGACUGCCCAGAGACUGGUGUCAGCAGCUCCUGAGGUUGUUCUUCCCGAGGCCUGGAAGCGCUCACUUCCAAAGGAACAACACGAGUGGAUCGGUCGCUCUCUCUUCCGACACCAGGGUGGCAAGGCAGUGCUAACAGAUAACCUGCAGAUGUGGUGGCACCCUCCCCAGCCACGUCUGCAGUAUCAUCAGCCUCCAGCAUCGCCAGACGUGUUCUUCACCUGGUCGCUGUGUUUGUGGAUGCCCUACAGGAUGUGGUCUUAUAAGCUGAUCUGCAGCUCACCAAACUGCAGACGGUCCGGUCACCGCUUGACAUCUUGUGGGCUCUACAAGACAGUGAGGCGGGUGCUGAAUUUGCACGGCUGGUAUUUCCUGGCAACGGAAUACCUGGAGUGCCAGCGCUGCAACAAGAAGCUGGCCGCGUGGUCAAACGAAAUCCUGGACCAGCUGGAUCCGGCUCACCGCAGGAUGUUUCCAACAAUCCUCACUUACCGGUUCUCUUGUGAUAUACAUGUGGCAAAGUUGAUGAGAGAGCGCUCUCGGCAACAGCGUCUCCAUAAACGAGCCCCCAUUGUCGCUGCGCUGCUACAGUGCCUUGCUCCAGCACAGCCUCAAUGAGCUCAGCCAGCGUCUUCUUGGCAGCAGUCUUGUACAAGACUACUCCAAGCCAAGAGAGUACACGGGCGAGCUCAUCAGGGUGGAGUACCUGUGCUCGCAGCAGUCCUGGGAGUUCCGGGAGAACUUUGGUCGGGACCCUGACGCCCCAGACGGAAUCCCAGACAACUUGGUGGAGGCAGAAGAUGAGGGAUUUGUGG